AGACGCCACCAAUCAAAUCUUUAUCUUCAAAACGGAUAAGAAAAUCAUUGAAAUCGCAGCUCUUUCCUAAAGUAGGCUAGGCCUAUAUACAUUGACUCACAAAAUAAAGUAUGGAAAGUGUAACAUAUAUUGCAAAAACAUUUGGUUAACGCUGAUGCUUUGGCUUAUUGUGAAUAGUCUGAUUCUGACCGUAGGCCUAGUCUGUCAUAAAGCCAGAUAUGUAGCCUCUCUCCGUCUUGCAUGCAUGUCCCGAUCUGGAGAUGAUAAAGAAAAAUUCGUCUUUUGUCCCUCCUGCUCAAGGACAACUAGGCCUAUGGUUGACCUGAAACAGUCUGACUUCACUCAAACAAUCCACCGAAUAGGCUAUCCUACAUGAAACCCUAAUUUAAUCAGGUUAAGGGAUGUUAUUCCAUACGGAAAAUAUUUGGCCUAAUAUAAUCAAAUUAGCCCAGACCUACUUCGCCGGCUUAGUUUAGACUACUUAAGAUAUCAUCUAAGUUCUUCUAGGCAAAUAUGACAAGAUUAACCCUCUUCAUGGUUUUAAUUGCAAGCCAAUGAGAUGGGCCUAUCGAAGCCUAUCCUUCUGUGCUAUUUAGGCUAUUUUGUUGUGACAAAAGUUCAUCUGCUGAACUCGCAAAUUGCUCAACACAGUCCUUAGGCUACUAAAAAAAAUCAGCAAUCGGUGACAAAACUGAGUAUCAAGUCAGACGAAUAGGCUAUGUAGGUCAGUAUCUUUAAAUAGUUAACUGCAGAGUUUGCAACGAGGAGACUUUCAUCGUGACGUUACCUUAAGUUCAUCAGGGUUAAGAGGGCGUGCCUCCACAUCUGGUGGACCUCAACAGUUUAUUUAUUAGGAUACUGCGCUUUGCAAAUGCUGUUGCCUGCGGGCUGAUUUUCUAAAAGUAGAUUUCCCUCCGAUUUGCGCCCCUUGACGUACAGGCUAGGCGAAUACAUUAUUUCAGUAUGCACAAAAUCCUCAAACUGUCAAAUGUAAAAUUUCGAACAGAUUUAAGAAAUGUUCCAUAUCUAUGCCAACCUCAACUGCGGACUAUCAGCAGAACUCCGAAAAAAUAUGCAGAAGAUGGGAACAAAGAUGCCAAUGUUUUGCGAAAAAGGUUGAAGGAGACUGCUGACACAGUCGUCAUAGGAGGAGGUUGUGUGGGGGUUAGCCUGGCUUAUCACUUGGCCAAAGCGGGUCAGAAAGACGUGGUGCUUCUGGAGAAGACGGAGCUAACCGCUGGGUCAACCUGGCAUGCUGCUGGACUGACCACAUACUAUCACCCAGGCAUUAAUCUGAAGAAAGUUCACUAUGACAGCAUAAAGCUGUAUGAAAAGCUGGAGGCAGAGACUGGGCAGGCUGUGGGGUUCCAUCAACCAGGCAGCAUCAGGAUUGCUUCCAGUCCAGUGCGGGUGGAUGAAAUAAAAUACCAAAUGACCCGCACACACUGGCACCCCACUCCCCAGUACCUCAUUGGACCUGAGAAGAUCCAAGAACUUUUCCCUUUGCUCAAUAUGGACAAGGUAUUGGCAGGGCUGUACACCACUGGGGAUGGACACAUUGAUCCUUACUCUCUGACAAUGGCCCUUGCUGCUGGUGCCCGCAUGUAUGGUGCCCAAAUCUACAACCCAGCCCCUGUUACUGGCCUCACUCCUUUGGAAAAUGGGAAGUGGGAUGUCAAGACCCCUCAUGGAAUCAUAAGAGCUAACCGAAUUGUCAAUGCCUCAGGCUUCUGGGCUCGUGAGUUGGGUGAGAUGAUUGGUUUUGAGCACCCUACCAUACCUGUCCAUCACCAGUAUGUUGUCACAGCAACAGUGCCUGAGGUUAAGGCUUUGAAGACAGAGUUACCAGUUAUCCGUGACUUGGAAGGGUCAUACUACCUGCGGCAAGAAAGGGAUGGGCUACUUUUUGGCCCUUAUGAGCAAGAGGAAAAGAUGAAGUUGCAAGACUCCUGGGUGAGGGAUGGAGUACCACCAGGUUUUGGCAAGGAGCUGUUUGAGUCAGACCUGGACAGAAUCAUGGAGCAUGUCGAGAUGGCCAUGGAGAUGGUCCCAGUGCUUAAGAAUGCUGACAUCAUAAAUAUUGUGUCUGGCCCUAUCACGUACACACCAGACCUAUCGCCCAUGGUUGGUCCACACCAGGGGGCUCGCAACUACUGGACAGCUAUUGGAUUUGGGUAUGGAGUCAUUCAUGCAGGAGGAAUUGGGAAGUUCCUAAGUGAUUGGAUCGUGGCUGGAGAACCUCCAUAUGACCUUAUUGAGUGUGAUCCUAACCGCUAUGGAAAAUGGAGUACUGUGUCAUAUUUGUGUGAUAAAGCCCGGGAAUCAUAUGGCUUCAACAACGUAGUGGGUUACCCUAAAGAAGAGCGUUUUGCUGGUCGGCCAACAAAGAGAGUGAGUGGAGUUUAUGACUUGUUGAAGGACCAGGCCUCCAUGGGGUUCCAUGCUGGCUGGGAACAGCCCCACUAUUUCUACAAACCUGGAGACCAAAAAGGAUACCACCCCAGCUUCCGCAGAACCAACUGGUUUGGGCCAGUGGGACGUGAGUGUAAGCUGGUGAUGGAGAAGGUCGGAUUAAUUGAUCUGUCACCUUUUGGAAAGUUUAUUGUGAAAGGAAAGGAUUCAUUGAAACUACUUGAUCAUCUUUUUGCCAACACCAUGCCGAAGGUGGGCAUGACAAAUAUUAGCCACAUGCUGACUCCUCAGGGGAGAGUAUAUGCUGAGGUCACUAUUACUCAACUGUCACCAGGAGAAUUUCUUCUGCUCACUGGGUCAGGGUCUGAGCUGCAUGACCUCAGGUGGAUUGAACAAAAGGCAGCAGAUGGUGGUUAUGAUGUGGACAUCUCUAACAUAACAGACAGUGUGGGGGUCAUAGGAGUGGCUGGACCCUGUGCCAGAAAAGUCCUUCAAAAGCUGACAAAUGAAGACAUGAGCGACGCAGGUUUUAAGUUUUUACAUUGCAAAUCAAUGCAGCUUGCUGGGAUUACCCUCAGAGCCAUCCGGAUAUCCUACACAGGGGAGCUUGGUUGGGAGCUAUACAUAGAUAUGCAGAACAUGGCCUCUGUUUACAAAGCUAUCAUGGAUGCUGGCAAAGAGGACGGCAUUGACAAUUUUGGGACCUAUGCCAUGAACUCCCUCAGGCUGGAGAAGGGCUUCAGAGGCUGGGGAGCUGAGAUGAACUGUGACACCAAUCCAUUUGAAGCUGGUUUGGAUUACUUCAUCAAGCUGAACAAGUCUGCAGAUUUCAUUGGCAAGCAGGCACUUCAGAAUAUCAAGGCCCAGGGCCUUCAAAGAAAAUUAGCCUAUCUUACAGUGGACACAGACGACAUUGACCCAGAGGGCAAUGAAACCAUCUGGCACAAUGGAAAGGUUGUUGGGAACACGACAUCUGGCUGCUACAGCUACACUGCCCAGCAAAGCCUUGCUUUUGGGUAUCUACCUAUUGCCCUGGCAAAUGUGGGACAGAAGGUGGAGGUUGAAUUGCUUAACAGGAAGUACCCAGCCAUGGUUGUACAGGAGCCACUGGUUCUGACAGAGCCCACCAGGACUCGCCUGCAGAAGAAAACCAAAAGCAGAGUCUAGGACCAGCAGGACCACCCUUGACCCAUCAAACCUAUUAUCUAGCUUGCACAACACCAACAUAUUCUAUAAUUACUCCUGAUCCUCGGGUUAACUUCAUAUAUAAGCCCAAAGCCGUAACUAUGUUGAUCUUCAUGUGCGAUGUAUGGAUACACUGCACAUUAAUGACAAUGAUAUGUAAAAUAUUUUGACAUCUGCUGUUGGUAUUUGUCUAGUGGUGUUUUUAUACUGUGAGAGUAAAGCUGCUAUAUUGCAUUUAAGUAAUAAAUACAAAAUACUUCCACUCUACGUAAAAAUAUAUUUGUAACUAAAGGGACCUUGUGACAGUGCAGUCAAACAAAUGUAAUCAAAUCAGAGUGAAAUAUUCCAAAUGUAACUCAGUGACUUAGGUGAAAGAAUGACUGGCCAAUGUACUACUCUACCACAAUGGCAAAAGGUCUGUAGAAAGUAAACGGCAAAAGAAACCGCUGGAUUUAUUUGAUUUUAUUGUGUACAUCAGUUGCACAUGAAUGAAAUGUAUAUUAAAUAAAAAAAAUACUGUUCAUGGUCA